AAUACCAAUGGAGUUGCUUAUACUAAUAUGAAUGGAUCAUUAGAUCCAGCCGGUGAUGGUAAUAGUAAGAUCGAUGUUGUCGAUAGCAAUGCAGUCAAUAAAGCUGAUUCAGAAAGUCAAAGCCGUGGCGAGGAGGUUAACGGAAGUAACAGUGUGGAGAAUGUAAAAAGCAACGAGAAUAAUGUUAACGAGGGAGGUCCGGUUUAUCUUGGUGUUGUUUGGGCUAAAGGGUGGACGCAAGAAUGGUGGGCGUGGACCGAAUACCGGAUGAAGUUGGAUGCCCUCCAAUAA